CAGAAUGAAAGGACUAGAAGGCAAUAUGUUGCACUUUUUCUUUAGUUAAUCAUCAUACUAAAUGGACGGUUAACGUGCUCUGUUUUGUGAUGUUUUAUUAAAAAACAAAGGACUCAAACAAAGGACUUUAGCAGAUAAGUAGCUAACGUUUACUAGCUAACUUUUCCUUAGCUUUUUGCUUUGGGGUAACUUCAAGUUGUCAAAUUCGUGAAAACGGAUAUCGUAAGUUUCUGGUAAAGCAUGGCAAUGACUGGCCCGAGCUCGUGCUCCUCCAUGAGUAACCACACCAAGGAGCGGGUCACUAUGGCCAAAGUGACCCUGGAGAACUUCUACAGUAACCUCAUCGCCCAGCACGAAGAGAGAGAGAUGAGGCAGCAGAAGCUGGAGAAAGUGAUGGAUCAGGAGGGCUUGGCAGAUGAAGAGAAACGUAUCCGCCGUUCUCAGCAUGCCAGGAAAGAGACAGAGUUUCUGCGUCUGAAACGUACUCGACUGGGUCUGGAAGACUUUGAGUCCCUGAAGGUGAUUGGGCGAGGAGCUUUCGGAGAGGUUCGUCUGGUGCAGAAGAAAGACACGGGUCACGUCUAUGCCAUGAAGAUCCUCCGAAAAGCUGACAUGCUGGAAAAAGAACAGGUUGGUCAUAUCCGUGCUGAGCGGGACAUCCUGGUAGAAGCAGAUAGUCUGUGGGUGGUCAAAAUGUUCUACAGCUUCCAGGAUAAGAUGAACCUUUACCUCAUCAUGGAGUUCCUGCCUGGAGGAGACAUGAUGACCCUGCUGAUGAAGAAGGACACUCUAACAGAAGAGGCGACUCAGUUCUACAUAGCUGAGACGGUGCUGGCCAUCGACUCCAUCCACCAGCUGGGCUUCAUUCACAGAGAUAUCAAACCCGACAACUUGCUGCUGGACUCCAGGGGUCAUGUGAAGCUGUCUGACUUUGGUCUGUGCACGGGGCUGAAGAGGGCUCACCGCACCGAGUUCUACAAGAACCUGAACCACAGCCUGCCCAGUGACCUCAGUAAGCAAACCUUUCAGAACAUGAACUCCAAGAGGAAAGCAGAGACCUGGAAGAGGAACCGGAGGCAGCUGGCUUUCUCUACAGUGGGAACCCCAGACUACAUCGCUCCAGAGGUCUUCAUGCAAAAUGGAUACAACAAGCUCUGCGAUUGGUGGAGCCUGGGUGUCAUCAUGUAUGAGAUGCUGAUAGGUUACCCUCCGUUCUGCUCCGAGACGCCUCAGGAGACGUACAGGAAGGUGAUGAACUGGCGAGAGACGCUGACCUUUCCUCCAGAAGUGCCUAUAUCAGAGAAGGCCAAAGAUCUGAUCCUCAGGUUCUGCUGCGAGGAGGAGCACAGGAUCGGUGCUGCGGGGGUCGAGGAGAUCAAGUCCAAUCCUUUCUUUGAGGGCGUGGACUACGACCAUAUCAGAGAGAGACCUGCUGCCAUUCCCAUCGAGAUCAAAAGCAUCGACGACACCUCAAACUUUGACGAAUUCCCUGAUUCGGAUAUCCUCACACCGACAGGUACGCUUCGCCCCGGUGUCCAACCAGACCGAGGCCGACCUGAAGAACAAGGACUGGGUCUUCAUCAACUACACCUACAAACGCUUCGAGGGCCUGACCGCUCGGGGAGCGAUACCGUCCUACAUGAAGUCAGGGAAGAGAUGAGCUUCUCUCGGACCCGAAAACACCACCACCGUGAAACCUGAAAGAGUCGUCCAAAAAAAAA